UCUCCCAGCGCAUCCCUGCCCACCACGCCGGGGAUGUCUCAUACCUACAUCUGGGCUCACAGCCGACACGGCAAGAGACCGGGUGCUCUGGACACACGGGAUGGGUUCCGAAUACAACACAAGAAAAUGGUGUGCUCUGGCCUUUUUGCAGUAGAAAACAGGACUGAAAGGGGGGUUCGACUGGACGGACAAUUGUAUUAAGCAGCAUAAGAAGGCCCACAGGAGACUUAGCUGCAGCAUUUGAAUGUGUUGCCAUUAAUGGAAUUAUAGCAAUUUUAUAAGGCCAUCAUGAAAGGAGGGGUCGAGAAAGAAAGCUGCUGUAAGACUCGAAGACAUCAUGGCACUUCAUAAAAGACAUGAGAAGAGGCUUGAAAGAAACCUGCUUUUCGCAGCCUAAUCUUUAACUUCCUGCCGAAUUCCGCUCUCCUACUCUUCUUUCUCUUCCUCACGCCACUACGGUCCAUAUCCUCUUUCAAUUCCUUUGCUCUCUCGACCACUCUGUACACAAACACGGCCACGCAUACCCGUUCACUCCAACAUGGCCGAAAACGUGAGCUUCAAGACAGAGAGCCACCCAGUGUCCAACAUCUCGCUGCUUGGCCCCGGGAACCCCGUGUCCGAGUCUGUGGAGUACAAGGCCGUGUCCGUAUUCCUGGUGCUCCUGGUGUGCGGUGUGGGAAUUGUGGGAAACAUUAUGGUGGUCCUCGUGGUCCUCACCACGCAACACAUGCGAACGCCCACUAACUGCUACCUGAUGAGCCUUGCCGUGGCCGACCUCACGGUCCUGGUGGCGGCCGGACUGCCCAACAUUUCCGAGAGCCUGCUGGCUACCUGGGUGUACGGGAAGACCGGGUGCUUGGGUAUCACGUACCUCCAGUACCUGGGCAUCAACGUGUCGUCCUGCUCCAUCACGGCCUUCACUGUGGAGAGAUACAUAGCCAUCUGUCACCCCAUGCGAGCUCAGACGAUGUGCACGAUCUCCAGGGCCAAGCGCAUCAUCGCGGGCGUCUGGGCCUUCACCUGCGUCUACUGCACUGUGUGGCUCUUCCUGGUGGACAUCCAGAUAGACAGGCACGGGCGCGCGCAGUGCGGCUACCGCGUCUCCCGCGACCUCUACCUGCCCAUCUACCUCAUCGACUUCGCCGUAUUCUACGUGCUGCCCCUGCUGCUGGCCGUGGUCCUGUACGCCCUCAUCGCCCGCAUCCUCUACCUCAGCCCCCUGCCCCAACCGGCCGAGUCUGGUGUUGUCACUGCCGCCACCCUCAGGAGGAGCUGCAAGGAACCGGCCGACGUUGGCAGGGGUCGGCCCAAGAGUGCGCUGUCAUCUCGGAAGCAGGUCACCAAGAUGCUGGCGGUGGUGGUGAUUCUCUUCGCCCUGCUGUGGAUGCCGUACAGGACACUGGUGCUCAUCAACUCCUUCGUCAGCACUCCGUACUUGGACGCCUGGUUCCUGCUCUUCUGCCGGACUUGCAUCUAUGCCAACAGCGCCAUCAACCCCGUGGUGUACAACCUGAUGUCGCAGAAGUUCCGCUCGGCCUUCCGCGGUCUGUACAGCUGCCAGCAGCGCGACGGCCACCGACACACGCUGUCUGUGCUCCAGGCCGGCUGCAGCAUAGCCAGGGACUCACGAGCCGCCCACGCCAGCAACGGCACCAGGCAGACGGUCAAGGGAGGCGGACCGUGCACCGCUGACCAGAACCACGGCACGCCAACUUCCCUGUCCAAUCAGGAGGAGGCUACGCCUGUGCACAACAACAGAGUGGCCAUGCCGCUUCUUAAGGAGGAGAAAAGUGUACCCAACGCUGGGAUGGUUCAGCCUGAUCCAGCAGACUUGGACAUGAACGAAAAAGAGAAUGACAACUUGAUGACUGAUAAAGGUUUAUCAAACGUAGCCACAAACGCAGCUACAAACGCUAACGGCUCCGGCGCAGAGAAGACAGCGAUGGCCUCAGAGGAGGGGAAGGCUAUACCUGGCCAUGCUGGGCACAGUACUAAAGAACUGAUGCACAGCACGGUGUAG